CGCUCCCGACGCCGACGCCGACGCCGACGCGACGGUUGUCUUCCACCGGCGGUAGCUUCCCAGCCAGCUUGCUCCGGAUUGCUUAAAAGAAUCCUUAUGGUGGGACUUUCCCUAGGAGAGCAAAACUUCAUAAAGGGCGGAAUUGCUCAGGAUUUGCGUACCGAUGGUCGGAAACGAUUAACUUACCGCCCCAUUUUCGUCGAAACCGGUAUCAUUCCUCAGGCAAGUGGCUCAGCACGAGUGAAGUUGGGUGGAACAGAUGUUAUUGCCAGCGUAAAGGCUGAGCUUGGAAGGCCGAAUCCGUCACAUCCCGACAAAGGAAAAGUUUCGAUAUAUGUUGAUUGCAGCCCCACAGCUGAACCAACUUUUGAGGGCAGAGGGGGUGAGGAAUUAUCCACAGAGCUCUCGUCAGCGCUUCAGAGAUGUUUGUUAGGUGGUAAAAGUGGAUCAGGAGCUGGGAUCGAUCUUUCGUCUCUAUCCAUUGUUCAGGGGAAGGUCUGUUGGGAUCUUUACAUAGAUGGUCUCGUCGUUAGUUCAGACGGUAAUUUGUUGGACGCGUUGGGAGCUGCCAUUAAGGCAGCACUAAGCAACACAGCUAUUCCAAAAGUCCAAGUUGCUGCUAAUGCCUCUGCCGAUCAGCAGCCAGAGGUUGAUGUGAGUGACGAAGAAUUUCUACAGUUCGACACAACUGCAGUCCCUGUUAUAGUUACUUUAACCAAGGUGGGGAGGCAUUAUAUUGUAGAUGCAACUACAGAAGAGGAGUCGCAAAUGAGUUCGGCUAUUUCGGUUUCUAUAAACAGGCAAGGUGGAAUAUGCGGUUUAACGAAAAGGGGUGGUGCUGGGCUCGAUCCAAGCAUUAUACUCGACAUGAUAUCUGUUUCUAAACAUGUGAGUGAGCAGUUGAUGAACAAAUUGGAUUCGGAAAUCGCUGCAGCCGAGGCUUGUGAUGAAGAUGAUGAAAUGGAUUCUUAGUACUUCCGUUUUUUUCGUUUUAGUUUUCUCGGGACAACUAGGUUUAUCUUGCUUUAACAGUAUUUUCUUGAGCUUUGUGGGAAAUAUAAUAGAUUGCGUUUUUAUGAAUUCUUCACUCCAAUCAAUUGUAACGACUGCAGAUUCAAUUUUACGUUCGAUGUUGUAGUUCGCCAAUGUAGAAAAUGAUUGGGUCGAUGUCGAUUUUAAUUGAAAUGACAGUAUUGCCCA